AUGAUUCGACCAUCAACGCAUCAGAAACACCAGCGAGUUCGGAGUAGCUACAGAGACAAUGACAUGAAUCACAAGAACAAACUGGACCAGCACAAGAAGGAACUCUCAAGCAAUGGUCGUGUCCUGCGCCGUCUCCGCAAAGCCUGUGAUCGAGCGAAGAGAGCCCUUUCUACCCCUGCGCAGAACUUUAUCGGAAUCGACUCUUUCGUUGAGGGUAUGGAUAUGUACACAUCUAUCACAAAUUCUCGUUUCGAGGAGACAUGCAAGGACUUUUCUCGAAUGUCCAUGGAUUCAGAGAAAAGUCGAAAGGGUCGGCCUAUCGAUAAAAAGAGUAUCAGCGCGCCUUCAUUCGGAUCUGAGGGGUCAUUCGGUGGAUAUGUACGGAAUUCAGUCGUCGAGGAACCUUUCGAUCACGGCAAUCUCCUUGGAAAUCAACCUGAACGCAAGCCAAGCAUUAAAAGAUCUCAUUCCCUGGGCAGCUUCGUCAGCAGCACCUUCCAGAAAACACCUUCCCAAACCCCUGGACCACCAAUCAAUACUUCAUUGGGCCCCAAGAAGUUCACGAUCAAGCGUCCUCUCGGUAUGAACCCGGAUGAAACCGAAAUCCAUCAUCUACGACGAAUGGCUGCCAGGCCACGCGACGUAAGCGAGCGUCUUACUGAGAUGGAGAGGAAGAAAAAGAACGAUAAUGCUAUCAGACGACUCCACAAGAAAGUCGCUGCCAAUAUAGAGACGGCCAAGACCGCGGCGACAAAGACUAGCUAG